UUCUCUAGGUUAAAAUGUCAAAAUUUCAGCUCGCGCUUCGCGGUCGCAUUAUUUGAUACUUGAAAUGUGUAACGUCUCCAUGGCCUACAAGCUGCCGUUAACAGAUCCUUUUUCAUCAGAUCAAAACGUAUAUUAAAAAUUUCUGCUCGCGCUUUGCGCUCGUACUUUUUAAAUAAGGCUUAUGAUAUUAUAUUAACAUAUUUAUAUAUAUUUAUAUAUAAACAAACAAAAUUUAGCUUCGAGCGGCCGAUCGGGGAAAAUGUGGCUGAAAAAAAUCCGGGCCACCCCCCUUGGUGAACGCUGGAUCCGCCCCUGGAAUCUGAAGGAAAAGAACAUUGAAAAGUAUCCAUAAAAACAAACAGAAACUCACUAAACAAAAGGUUGGAACUUAUUUCAAAGUGCAGACACCAAACGAGACUAAACCGGAAACCACCGAAGCGUCAAAUUGACCCGCCACACCACAUAAAUAGUCAACAACGUCAGUCUGCCUGAAGAUCGCCUCAAGUUCAGGCGUGAAACCGGUAGCAGACGUUAUUUGCAAUAGAACACUUUUUCGAGAACUUACGCUGCGAGUUGCAUGUUAAGACCGAGUCGCUUAUAAGAUCGUAACAGUGCGUUUCCAUGCGCAAACAAAAGCUAGCCUUUUACUUGAAUCCGUAUGCAUAAACAUAAGCAAUUGCUUGCAAGCAAAUGCUUUUGCUAGCAAGCACAAGCAAUUGCUUACUACUCGUAAGCAAAUGCUUACCAAACAAGCAAUUGCUUAAAACCGUAUGCAUAAAACAAUCCUUUUACUUGUCUUGAUAAGCAAUUGCUUGCGUUUUUUCAAGCACCUCCAGACCAGCUUGAGCUCUUGCUUACUCAUGGCAUUCUCGUUUAAGGAUUAAAUUUUCAUGCCGUUUCAAGCUCCAUAUUCCAGAGGUUAUGUUGUGAUUUCAUAUCUAAUCAAAUUCCUGUUAUUUUAGACUUUUUACAGCAAUUUGUGUCCAUCGAUCUACACAGAAACCCCCCUGAUGCUCUGCGCUGUUUUCCCCCUAUUUGCGUAAUAAAAAAUACUUCUGCCAGGUCGGGAACGAAGCGUCGUUGUCCUACUGUGCGAUGUUCGCACAGCCGUAACGAUCCUUUGUCCAACACAUAAGCAAUUGCUUAGGCAGUGCAAGCAAAAGGUUUCAGCACAAGCAAAAGCUUGUGCAUACGAAUUUAAGCAAUUGCUUGAACUUGCCCUUUUGCUUGACCAGCUCUUGCUUUUGCUUAAAGCAUUUGCUUAUAAGCAAUUGCUUGUCUUUAUGCAUACGGCCCAAUGUGCGAACCACAAUGCGUGCAAGUGUCAACUGAGUUUCAGUGGCUCAUUCUCGGUUGCGUCUUAUUAGUUGUAGUAACUCUACCAGAUCAAGAAUGUAAUGGGUAUCCUACUUAUAAGUAUUUCAUUCAUUACCAUUCUCAAGUUUGUUAAUUCUAAAGAUGAUGCAGGUAAACUCGAUGAAAGAGACUACCAGGCUGCUCCUCUCAAACCUGAAACGGAUAACAGAGGGGACGAUAUUUCGUUCGGCUGUCUUUCGGCACCGCCGGAAAUCCUUGCUCGGGACCCGAGGGUUCGUCAAGCAUAUGCCGAAGCUGCUCAAGAUGGAAGAAAGAAAGUCUUCCGAACCCGUCUUAUGCUUGUGGGACAAGAGCGCGUUGGGAAGACAAGCUUGAAGAAAAGUCUUACAGGUCAAGGGUUUGAUAAGAAUGAAGGAAAAACAGACGGCGUAGAUACGACAAACAUUUGCGACAUAAACAUCCAGGUCGCAAAAGCUGGUGGUAAACUUUGGUCUGUUCACAAGAAAGGACAUGACAAUGAAGAAACUAAAGACCGUGAAUACAAUAAAGCCCUUGCAGAUGAAGCAGCGAAGAAACUGAGUGUAGCUCCAACACAGGAUCAACAGAGUUUGGAAUCGCAAAGAAAUGGUACCGAUGACGGAGACUUAAAUCCACAAGAAGCAGGUUUGUCCAUAUUUCUAUUCAUUGGAAAAUGA